AUAGAGUGAGCCUAUGCAUUGUGAUAACCACAGUAACACUAAUCUUGCUGAUAGUGAUAACAGGAGUGAUAUGCCGCUUCGUCCUUGA